AUUGAGGCCAUUUUUUCCUUGUUGCAACACCAAAAUCAGCAGGACCGUCGCGUGGUGUUUUGAAGCGAUGCGUUAGUUUCGAAUAUCUGCUUUCUCGUUGAUUUCUUUCUGCAUAAACAAGCCAAAAGACUUGGACUUCCAGAAUUAGUACCUCGGCAAAAAUCCGAACUAAAGGCAGUUUCAGUACGGAGAAAAAGCUUUGAUUUUGAAAAUGACGGUGAGCAAACCUGAGAAGUCUGCCAAGGCAGACGGUGUGAAGAAGGUGAAAAAGGUCAAGAAAGUGAAGACGGCUACUGCGGAGCAACCAGCAGCGGCAUCCACUGUGGCAGCUGCAGCACCUGUAGUGGCUGCAACGACAACAUCAGAAGGCGCUGCUGUUGCGAAAAAGGCAAAGAAGACGAAGAAGGACAACAAAACUGGUGUAGCAAAGCCUACUACACCAGCUGCAGAAAAGAGUGAAGACUCCACAACAGUCGAUGAUCAGAAUAAGAGUGCAGCUAGUGGAGCAGUUUCGUCCACGAGCACGAAAGUAGCUAGCACAAGUGCCGGAUCUUCACCAGCGGAACCACAAACCAUGGCAGCUUUCCUUCUGAAAAACCGCGUUGCGAAUGCCCAGGACUUCCAACCGGUUCCGAUGGACAACAUUUCUGACAUCAGUAAUAAAUCGAAGAAAGCUCUGAAUGAGUAUAAAUCCAUCACCUCCCUCUUCGAGAUCCAGGCCCGGGUGUUCGAGCACGCCGUGGCCGGAAAAGACGUGGUCGGGAAGGCCAAGACGGGCUGCGGAAAAACUCUGGCUUUUUGCCUACCCGUGGUCGAGCGGUUCGCAAAGUUGCUGGAGAGUCAAGACGGUGAAUUCACAAAAGCAGUGUCGCGGAAGAAACCGCUGGUGAUUACCCUUGCUCCAACCCGGGAACUGGCAAAACAAAUUAUCCGGGACUUUGAAGUUCUGGGGAACGCGCACAAUUUCUCGUCCGAGUGCUUGUACGGGGGUGUCCAGUAUCAAAUGUAAAAAUAAAUGUCUGGGUCUGGAACAAAGCAACUUGUCAUGCUAAAUCUGAAUCAUGAAAAAAUCUGUGUUGCGUGAUUACCAAAAGAAAAGCUGUCCACUUUUGACCUAAUCGAGAGGCAGUCUCUCAUGCAGGAUAGGCAUGAUAGAACUCUCACAGAAUCUCUCAUGCUAUGUCCUUCAUACCAGACCUCAUGGGUCAUGGAAAACCUGCAUGACAAGUCUGGCAUUCUUCCAGACCCAGACAUUUUUGCAGUUGAUAUCCAGUUCGGCCCGCAGUGCCAGGUGUUGCGGGAGGGGUAUCAAGAAGAAAAAUCCCCCCUCCCCAUAUCAAAACGAAACUUCUAAUGCUGGAUUUGCGUACACAAAUCAGCCCUGUCUUGCAGUAGAGGACUGCAGGCCCGCAUCAAGCCUGACUGGGAGAGGUUUUGGCCUAGGCGCUCAGCAUGUCAAAAGUCCAUGCUGCAGGCCGAACAGCAUCACAAACCGCCGUUAUAACGCGGGGGGCCUUCUGGGUUCGCCUUCUUGCAAGACAAACACGAUUUGUGGCCACAAAUCAGCAUCGCAAAUGUCCGAAAAUAUACCUUUUCGGUAUGGGGAGGGGGGAUUUUUCCUUUUGAUAAGGGAAGGCAGAUCAUCGUCGCGACCCCCGGCCGGUUGUUGGACCACAUUCAACGGCAAACCAUCGACUUGAGCGAAGUCAGGUACUAUGAUCCACUUGAAUGUUAAUAUUGCCAGGCUACUUUGAAGAGAAAAUGAAAAUGUCCAUUAGUCGCUGCGACUGACUCUUGCUGCAGUUGGUGCUCUUGCAUGUUGACUGCGUUUUCAAUUUCGUCCAAAAUCAAAUCGUAAUCCUCGCAAUUGCAUGAUAAUCAAUUCCCAAGCAUGUUCAACUCGUCAAUCCCUCUCAGGGCCCUCGUCCUCGACGAAGCCGAUGAGAUGCUUUCCAUGGGUUUCCAGGAGGACGUCGAUUCCGUCAUCAACGCGUUACCGCGGAAGGACGUCCAGAAGCUCCUGUUCUCCGCGACGCUCCCCCACUGGGUGAUAUGCAAUACAAAUUUCCCGUACAUGUACUUACAAGAUGCAUCACAAAUUUUACCAAUGAAUUUGGAGUGUGACCACACUUGUCAUGCUAAACCAGGAUCGAAGCCCAGUUUUGUCAUGCAGAGACUGCAUUUGUAUGUGUACGGGAAAUUUACUGUGGAUAGGUGAACGACCUGGUGCAGAAAAAGAUGACAGACCCGCAGUGGGUCGACAUCGCGAGCAAGGACGACAACAGCACGAACAAGAACAUCAGCCACAAGUGCAUCUUAUGCAUUGCAAAUGUGUCUGGGUCUGGAAACUUGUGAUGCUGGAUGGCGUAUCAUGGGGAGGCCACUAGUGCUGGCUCAGCAUGCCAAGUUUCUGAGCUUCUAGGUGUUGCCCACUCUGCGUGACAGACUGCGUCUCUGCAUGACAGAAAAGUGGGGCUCUUGGGUAACGUGCAUGACAGAUUUAAGAGUCAUACCGGGCAACCAUGACAAACAUGCACCCUUCCAGACCCAGACACUUUUGCAUUUGAUACAUCUUCUGCCCGCCGCAGUUCAAAGCGGACACUUUAGGGGAUUUUGUCAAGGUCCACGCGGGCGCGCUGUUUGGGAAAACCGUGAUCUUUUGCGACAGCAAGAAGGAGGUCAACGAGUUAGCGCAGCACGAGAAAUUGGUCCAACUCGGCGCGGGGGUGUUGCACGGCGACGUCCAGCAGAACCAACGCGAGGUCGUGAUGGAGAAUUUCCGCACGGGAAAGAUUAAAGUUUUGGUCGCAACUGACGUUGCGGCCCGGGGUCUGGACGUGCCGUGUGUGGAUUUGGUGAUCAACACGCGGCCGCCGCAAGACGUGGAGUCCUACGUCCAUCGAUCCGGCCGAACCGGCCGCGCGGGGAACAGCGGGGUUUCGAUCAUCUUCUACAGCCGGUCGGAUGAGUACAUGAUCCGGAUUUUGAAGCGGAAACUCGGGAUUGAAAUGCAACGCGUCGGGCCGCCGCAACCGUUCGACAUUGUGAAAUCCGCGGCGAAGGACAGCACGCGGUUCUUGGAUUCCAUAUCAAAUGCAAAAGUGUCUGGGUCUGGAAGGUUGGAACUUGUGAUGCUAUUUUUGGACUCUAAAAAAAUCUGUAUUGCAUGAACAGCAAGAGGAGUCUAAAUUGUGCUACGCGGGGAGGGCGUUUGUCGUGCGGAGUAGGCAUCAGGAAGCCCUCUAAAAAUCUGUGAUGCUAGGCCGUGCAUUACAGACAUCCUGUGUCAUGCAAAACAUGCUUGACAAAUUUCAGAAUCUUCCAGACCCAGACAUUUUUGCAUUUGAUAUUCCAUCCACCAGGACAACGUGGAGGCGUUUCUGGACCAGGCGAAGCAGAUGAUUGAGGAGCGCGGCGUAUCCUGUGUAAAAACGUCCCCACCUCCCCAUAGUUGUCAUGCAAAUCCGCCAUGACAGGAAGAUUUGUAAUGAUCAUCUCCAUAAAAGGCAUUUCGAUUUCCGAUUGUGUUUUCGCAUUUGUAAUGCUGUGAACAGGAUGUGGAUGAGACAGAGACUUUCUCAUGCGGCUUCCCUUGCUAACCAGCACUACACUGCAGAUGGAGACUUGUCAUGCGCAACUCCUAAAACUUGGAGAUUUGUGUUGCAGAUUUACCAACUUGACUAUGGGGUGGGGACGUUUUUGCUCAGGAUACGGCGCGGAGCAGGCGCUAGCCGCGGCGAUGGCGGGGUUGACGGGUUACACGAAGCGGGUGCAGGGAAGGAGUCUGUUGUCCUCGUUUCAAGACUGCACGUGCCUGAAACUCACCAGUAACAAGCCGAUCGAAGCGACGUCGAAGGGGUUUUUCCUCCUCCGCCAAUUUUUCGAUAAGUCCUUGACCGAGGAUAAGAUCAAGGGGAUGACGUUGUGCGCAGAUAACUACUCCUGUAUCUUCGACGUCCCUUCCGACCAGGUGGACGCCAUGAUGGCGAUCGUGCAGACACCAGGCGUGUUAUGGGACGGGAUUGAGAUCACGAUCCCGCGGGAGCUCCCUGAGUUGCAGGAGCGGGACGGAAACAGCUGGCAGAACGACGAGCAGGCGCAUAAAGAUAGAAAGAAAAUGCUGUGGGAAAGGAGAACCGGGAAAGGCGGCGGUGGCAAGGGCGGUGGUAAGGGCGGUGAUCACGGCGGAAAAGGAAAAGGAGGCGGGAAGAAGGGCGGUUUUACCGGUAGAGGUGGCGGAUCUGCUGGCGGAAAAGGACAGCGAUCGGGACCGUAUUGAAGAGAGAACUACGUUUUCUAGGAAAUUGAGGUCCACCUUUUCCGUACUACCUGCCUCUCUAUUACUUCCACUUCCACCUGACUGUAUGAUCAUGCAACUGCCGCGAGGGUGAACAAGAGCUCUUCCUACUUCUUCACGUUCAUCUAUUUAUUCUGGAUAUAGCUUUACUGGGUCACAGGGUAUUUUCAUUUUUCAAGACGAAUUUCGUGUGCGUGCAUCUGGUAACUACUUCAAACGAAUCCAUUAACAAAUCCUUUCGCUUUUUUCCCGAGGAGCGGGAGCAGGAGAGAUUUUUUGUUCCCUUCUGAGAGCACCAGACACUCUGCACAACUGAUGUUCGCACGGGACCACGAGUGCAAUUGUUAUUGUUGUAGCCGCCUAUGGCUCGUCCUCGCUCUUUUCUUCUUGGUUUUGUUUUGCGC